AUUUCCUCUUCCGGUUGAAUGUCAAAACAGAAAAACACGUGUUUUUCAGAAUAUUUUUGUGGUCACUGGAUAAGAUAGAAAAGAUUCCGUGUAUCUAUUUAUUUUGCUUGACCGUGCAUCACUGUUCAAUCGUAGUUAGGGGCCGCAGUUAAUUAGCCUAUUUGUAUUGAGAUCUGAAAUAGACAACAGGUGGCUCCGGAGCAUUGUUUAAAUUAAAUACCUUUGUCAGUUUUGUCACAGAAUCAGCUAGACAAGACAUGAUAAAGUCAACAUGUCUAUGUUCGAAAACACACAGGUCUCUUUUGACAUUCAAGCGUUUGAAACACGCAUUAAACAUCAAACCUGUCGAUGGUUUUGAAGAGAUGAUUCGUCAGGUGACUAAUUUCAAUUGUUAGCUCCAUCACAUCAUGAUUUUUCCAUCACAAGACCCGUGAAGGUCCGGAUGGAGAAUACGUCCUCAGCAACCCAUGCUUGCCGUAAAAGGUCAAAAGGGCAGAAAUGAAAGGUUUACCUAUUAUCCAUCACCAUGGCUAUGUCAGCGACCUGCCAAUCAAGCACCGAUUUGCUAUGAGAAAGUUUCAUGGGGUGAUGCGUUAUUUGAGAAGAGACAAUGUAAUCUCUUCCAAACAAAUCCUCCAGCCCGAGCAUGUGAAGCCCAAGGACUUGCUACCAGUGCAUACAGAAGACUACAUCAACAGAUUCUUCCAAGGGCAGACAACUGACAAGGAACAGAGAUUCACUGGAUUCAAAUGGUCAGAGGGACUCGUUAGUCGGUGCAGGUAUGAAACAGCAGGCACAAUACUAGCAGCUGUCACAGCCAUGGAGCGUGGCCUGGCGUGUAGCACUGGGGGAGGCACGCACCACGCCUUCCCUGCCCAUGGCUCGGGGUACUGUCUUCUGAAUGACCUGGCUGUCGCUGCAAGCUACAUGCUGAAACAUGGCUUUGUGGAGAGAGUUCUCAUUGUAGACCUUGAUGUACACCAGGGUGAUGGCACAGCGUAUAUCUUCAAGGAUGACAAGCGUGUGUUCACAUUCUCAAUGCAUUGCCAGGAUAACUUUCCGCACAAGAAGCAGCAAAGUGAUAUCGAUGUGGGACUUGAUAUCGGCUGUACGGAUGAAGAAUAUCUGUCAACACUUGAUGAUCACCUUGGCUGGAUUGUCAAAAGUUUCCGGCCCGACCUUGUACUUUAUGAUGCUGGCGUUGACCCCCAUGAGAAGGACGAACUCGGGAAACUCAAGAUGACAGAUCAAGGUUUGUACGACCGAGACCACUAUGUGCUGCAGCACUUGGCCUCCAGGGGUAUCCCAUGUGCCACUGUGAUAGGGGGAGGCUACUCCAAUGACCUUGACGAACUCUCUCUCCGACACACCAUCGUACAUCGAGCUGCUACUCAGGUGUGGCGUGAGAGCAUGGCAAGUAGCUGCUGAUGUGUCCAGACUUUGAGAAGUGAUGGGGUAUGGUGGUGUGCAGGGCAGUCUGUUGCAGAUUGUACAUGCUGUUUAUGGAGUGAGUGAGUAUGGUUUUACGCCGCUUUUAGCAAUAUUCCAGCAAUAUCACGGCGGGGGACACCAGAAAUGGGCUCCACACAUUGUACCCAUGUCGGGAAUCGAACCCGGGUCUUCGGUGUGACGAGUGAACUCUUUAACCACUAGGCUACCCGACCGCCCCACAUGGUGUUUAUAGACAUGUUUGCAGGAAAAUAAAAAAUAAAAAAGCA